CUCUGCUCCUAGUAAGCCAUUCGUGACCCUCUCGUCAUUCCUUUUGCAGCCUCUCUCGAAGAAGUCUCUCGCUGCUGCUACUUCCAGGGUAGGGCUAAGGUCUUGCUUAGCUGCCAUGGAGCAAUGUAGAUUUACUUUGCUGAUGAUAUGGAGUCCCUGUUAACUAAUUUUGAUAUGGAGUCCCUGUUAGCUAAUUUUGAUACUUUGCUGAUUUUAGGGCUAAUGUAGCCUGUUAGCUGCCAUGUUAGCCUGUUAGCUGCCAUGGAGCAAUGUAGCCUGUUAGAUGAUUUUGAUAUGGAGUCUCUGUUAGAUGAUUUUGAUAUGGAGUCUAAUUUUGAUACUUUGCUGAUUUUAGGGCUAAGGUCUUGCUUAGCUGCCAUGGAGCAAUGUAGAUUUAUUGAUAAGUCAAACCUGUUAGAUGAUUUUGAUAUGGAGCCCCUGUUAGCUAAUUUUGAUACCAUAAAGCAAUUAGAAUAACAAAUUCAAUCUGCAGGGGUUCAAAGUAGCGGGGUUGUUUUUGAUAAUUACCAACCAACUGAUUUCAAUACUGAUUUCAAUACUGACAAGUCAAACCAGUUUGAUGAUUGUGAUAAUAUGGAGCAGCAAAGAAACCAACCAUCUGCAUUUGCAUUGGACACUGGCACUGGCAUGCCCCUGUUAGUUAAUUUUGAUAGACCAUAGAGCAACAUUUAGAACAACAAAUUCAAAGUACAGGGGUUGUUUUUGAUAAUUACCAACCGACUGCAGAGAUAGCUACAGAUUUUCAAAAACUAUGCAUACCAAUUACUCAUGUGAAGAAGAUUGUAAAGAAUAUAAUGAAGCCGGAUAAGAAUAUUAUUCUCUCAGAUGAUGCACUGGUGCUCUUGGCUAAGGCAUGUGAACUGUUUUCUUUAGAGUUGACACAUAGAUCAUGGAUGCACAUAGAAAAGGCAGAGAGAAAAACUUUGCAGAAGAAAGAUAUUACUGUCACUAUAAACAGAAGCAAAAUAUGUGAAUUUUUGCUUAAUUCUACAUCCAUGGAUAUAGAUACGGUAGGUCCUGGAAACCCAAGUGAAACUGCCCAAGUACUAGUACCUGUUGCUCCUACUUCUGUUCCUGUUAGACCCCCUCCUGUUAGACCCCCUCAAGUAUCGGUAUCUGUUGGAAUGUAUACUUAUCAAACUUUUGUUCCACCCCCUCCCCCUCAAGUACUAGUACCUGCUGCUCCUAUUCCACCCUCUCCUGUUCGACCCCUUCCUCCUCAAGUACCAGUACUAGUACCUGAUUCUCCUGUUCCACUCCCUCCUGUUCGACCCGCUCCUGUUGGAAUGUAUAUUUAUCAAGCUCCUGUUCCACCCCCUCCCCCUCAUCUACCAGUACGUGUUGGAAUAUAUGAUCUUGUUCCAUCCCCUCCCCUUAAGUAUCAGUAUCUACCGAAUUGUAUGGAAUGCAUGCUUAUCAAGCUCUUGUUCCACCUCCUCCUUCUCAAGUACCAGUAUCUACUGGAUUGUAUAGAAUGCAUGCUUAUCAAGCUCUUGUUCCAUCCUCUCCUCCUCAAGUACCUGUUGGACCGUAUGCUUAAUGUCCUGUUCCACCCCCUCCUCCUCAAGUACCUGUUAGAUCGUAUGCUUAUGGCCCUGUUCCACCCCCUCCUCCUUCUUGGUACUUUGUUCCACCCCCUCCUCCUCAAGUACCUGUUGGAUCGUAUGCUUAUGGUCCUGUUCCACCCCAUCCCCCUUCUUGGUACUUUGUUCCACCCCCUCCCUCUUCUUGGUACCUUGUUCCAUCCCCUCAAUCAACGUCUAAGUAAUGGUUAGUGGCAGUGAAUAUAGCAUGAAAAAAAUUUGCUUUGUGUAAAUUUAUUUUACUGAAAUAUUGUGUCAGGGACAAUUACUCAGCAUUUUGUUGCCACACCGCAAGCUCUCCUGCUCAGCCACAGCAGCACAGCAUCAAAGUAAUGUUCUUGGAGAUGGUUACCAAAUACAGAAUACUGAUUGUUACCAGCAGCAAUACUGAUUGUUACCAGCAGUACAACAGUGAAUAUAGUAUGGAACAAUUUCUUUUUAGUGUAAAUUUUUUUACUGAAACCAGAGAAUACAAAAUACUGUGUCAAGGAUAGUUAUCGAUUGCUAUAUUGAUUGUUAAUAGAGAAAAUAUUUUUUUCCUACUUGUUUUUAGAAUACUGUGUCAAAUUUUGGGUUA